UUUCGAUCGACACACAAACGAGUUGUUCACCUGCAAGCAGAACACGUAUUCAAAGCACAGAAACACACUGACAAAAAAAAUAAAGUUUCUCUAUUCUAGUUGUGUGUGUCUGUGUAGUGCUCCUGCGCGUGUGUGUUGCCAGUGAGUUUCAACAGUGAAGUUUUUUUUUCUCUAACGUGUGUGUGCGUGUGUUUGUGCCGUGUCUCUCAGUGCUUGUGUGUGAGAAACAUUUGGAAUUUUGUCCACUCAAACGACUGCACAGUGGAAACUGAAACAAGAGUGAACUCGGUGUUUUUUGUGUUAUGACCUUUUAAUAUACGCCAACAACAACAACAAAAAAAGUUUCGGUGUUUCAACGACUAGAAAUCCCCACGUCGAACUUGGAACGGAUCUUUGAGAUCAACCACAAAAAAAAAGCGGAAGUGGAAAUGAGAAAGAAGGGACGAUCACGCCGUCUUGUGCCCACCCCUGACGAAGAGAUGACACACAGCGAAGAGGAGACGACAAUAAAGACAUCGUCUUCCAUAAUGUCGUCCACAUUAGAAGUAGCUCCCGUCAGUCCCAGCGGAUCGUCUGACGCCAAUCACAACCUCAACAAACCACUGCUGGCAUCGUCUUCUCCUUCUUCCUCUUCAUCGUCGUCGUCCUCAUCGUCUUCUUCCUCUUCGUUCACCACAAACAACACGGCCAUCAGAGAGGGCAACGUUGUCGCUUCUGAUUUCCUGCCGUCGGCUCCGGCCCUUCAGCGUCCGCCGCAGUCGGCCCACGUCAGCGCAGUUGACCGGCCGGAAGACGACGUUGAAGAAGCCGAAUUGGCCACCGAACCGGAAGAAGUUGACGAGGAAGAGGAGGUGGAGGAAGAAGAGGAUGAUGCCACCUCCCCCGAGGGUCAAUCCCCAACUCCGCGCGACGUCACUCAACGAAUCAAUUCGUCGGUGGUCAAAGGCGACGUGGGCGGACCGGAAUCGCCAUCGGGAUUGAUUCAUCCCACGUCAGAGCAAUCCAUUAAGAGUGGCAAGAAAUCAUCUGGCAUUUUGGUUCCACGAGUUCCUUCCAACAAAAACAAGAGCCGCACCAAAACAGGGCCAUCAACGGGCCGUCAGGAAGUCGUUGCCGAGUACUUUGCCAAGUGUUGGCUCUGCAGCAAGGGCUUCCCGUCGCCGGCCGUUCUACGGGAACACCUGCAGAACGUUCAUCACGAAAGCGCGGCCGCCAUCGCCGCUGCCAUGGCCGCCCUUCAACAGCAGCAGCAACAACCGCAACAACAACAACAGCAAUCGCUUGCUGCAGGCGGAGUGCAGAACACCAUUCAACCUGUGACGUCAGUUCCUGUUACGACCAGCACGUCUUCGUCUUCGACGUCGUCAUCAUUGUCAUCGUCCUCAUCGACGGCCCUCCACCAACUGCAGAAGCAUCCGCACGCCUGCCUCCAGUGCAGCGCCACCUUCGCCGAGAGAGACGAACUGGAACGGCACGAGCUGACUCACUCCCCCACCGCUCAAGUGUCGUGCGGCGUUUGCCAGAAGAACUUUGCCAACGUCUACCGCCUACAGCGUCACAUGAUCAGCCACGACGAAUCGGCUGGAUUGCGCAAAUUCAAGUGCACCUACUGUGACAAGGCCUUCAAGUUUAAGCAUCACCUCAAGGAGCACGUUCGGAUUCAUUCUGGCGAGAAGCCGUUCGAGUGCGCCAACUGCGGCAAGCGUUUCUCCCACUCGGGCUCGUAUUCUUCUCACAUGACCUCCAAAAAGUGCCUCAUCCUCAAUUCCAGAAACAGUCGACCACGUCUGCCAGUGAUGGAUCAGAAACCCGUUGCCUCCAAUUUGGCACCCGUAGCGCCAUUAAGAGCGCCCAGUCCGGUCAUCGGACGCCGCAGCUCGACACCGACAUCGGCCAGCGGUGGUAAAUUGAACAGCAGUAGCGGCAACAACGGCUUCAAUGUCGUCAACCGCCACGUCAACGGCUAUGCGCCUGUCAUGGGCUACCCGAGCCUCUACGAACCGCCCAAAUCGGUCAAUGCCGGUGUCAAUCCACCUGGCCCCCCACCUCCACCGCCUCCGCCAGCUCCUCAUUAUUUCAACAACAUACCGGGAAUGGGCUAUAAUACUCCGGGCCUCGCCCACCUUCAUCAGUACUUGGUGGCCGCCCACCUUGCGCAUCCACUGCGCAACGUCCCUCUGCCCGUUCACAGCAACAAUAGCAGCACCAGCCCCGUAUACAAAGAUGUGGAUCCGGUUGCUUUGGCAGCCGAACUCGAUCGUAAGAGGAAGCGCUCGGAUUCGGGUAUUGAAGAUUCGACGACCAAGCUUGUCACGGAUUCGAAGCUCGGUCGCUAUCAGCAAAACGAUGCCAUCACAACUGGACACCAGUCUCCAGCUGAAAUCGAGAAAGUAAAAAAGAUCCUUGAAACUGUCAACGCCAACGUCACACGUCAACUUUUGGAGGCCAGCGUCCAGCGUGUCAAGAACGUUCAACAUGGGCACUAUAUUCAUCACCCGUUGAGUUCCAGUCCUCACGAGAAUAAACAUCAUGAUUACAGCGAAGGAUUGGCGGCCAAAAUGGAAGAUGAUAAUCGGCACGUGCAGGUCUCGCCCAAUAUAACUCCCGGACUGGAGGAUAUGAUCGAAGAGGUCCCCGACACCGAUGACCAGCCGUCUGUGCCUCAUCAGGGCGCGGCUGAUGACGAUCUGAGGGAGGACGCUGCCAGCGAAACUGGCACCGACGAUUCCGGUCUUGUUAUGGCGCUCGACCAGGACAGCGUUAAUGGACAGCGCGAUGAGAACAAUCCUUCCAACAACAAUCAUGGGGUUGGACACCUAAGCGCGGGAUUUUCUGUUGGUGGAUUGGCCAAGACGUCAGAACGAACCAGAUCGACAAUAUCGGAAGAUAAAGCAGCCAUUUUGAAGAGAUAUUUCGCUCAGCAACCUCGCCCUAAACGCGACGAGAUUAACCGACUGAGCCGCGAACUCAACUUCCCGCCGCGAGUUAUUCAAGUCUGGUUCCAAAACGCCAGAGCGCGAGAUCGCCGAGAAGCCCUGUUUAAUGUAGUCCAUGGUAACGAAUCGUUCCAGUCUCGUCUCAGUAAUGGACAUGGACCCACCACUGAACACUAUGCAAACCAACAUUUUUCUGCCCAGCCGACGGACUUAAGUUCCACGGCCGAACACGAGGAUUUAGAUGAGAGUAGAAACAUGGAAGAGGAAGAAGAAGAAGAAGAAAACGAGCAGCCAUUGGACCUGACUGUCAAGCGAAUAGAAUCCGAAUCUCAUGCGGUUGUACAGCGACCGCAGCUUAGAGAGACACCAGGAGUCGUUGAAAAUGGUAUGAAAAUGGAAAGGAAUUUGACUGGAACGUCUGAGCUCACCGUGUCGGUGAGCGUGAAAGAGAACGGCAUUGUGCACCCGAAGAAGCGCAACUGGAUCAAAAUGGAAGAAGAGGAUGAUUCCUUCCCUCACGAAAUCGAAGAGUGGAAAAAGACUUUUGCCGCUGGACUUCAUUGCGGAGUCCAGCGCUGUUUCAACGGUAAAUUGUCACCGCAGUCGUCAGACAUCUCCGGAGCUGAAGAAGAAACUUUGAAACGUUCGUCAUUGGGACCAGUUGGAUCGUGCGACGAAGGCAGCGAAUCACGUGACACAAGCGGUGAUGAUGGUGGACACACCACUCCUACGACGAGCAUUACCGCUCGUAGUGGAAAGAAAGCCAAAUUCGGUAGUGGUGGUAGCGUCACGGGUGGUAGCAAAAGUCUUACUCCAGCACCAUCAACCGUAGCGAUGGCAGUCGGCGACAACAGCGAAGGGCUCUACUCUUGCGACCAGUGCGACAAGAGCUUCUCCAAACUCAGCUCUUUGACGCGCCACAAAUACGAACACUCUGGUCAACGGCCGUACCAGUGUGACAUGUGCCCGAAAGCUUUUAAACACAAGCACCACCUGACGGAGCACAAGCGAUUGCACAGCGGAGAGAAGCCGUUCCAGUGCCAAAAGUGCCUGAAACGCUUCUCGCACUCGGGCUCUUACAGCCAACACAUGAACCAUCGUUUCUCCUAUUGUAGACCGUGUCCAGCCAGUUCCUGAAUGAAUGAAAACAAAACGAACGGAAGCAACGACGAUGACGACUUAAUCGCUCAUUUUGUUUAUUGCAACAACAGAACAUGACCAACGAAACGCGCGUCAGCAAAAAUCGACUUUGUUCUACGUGACACAAAAUGCGUCUCCCGUCUAUUUGUAAGGGAAAACAAAACAAUUCUUUUGCAUCUUUCACUUUUUCGUGGUGAUCUGUCUGUGUGUGUUUAUGUAUAGCUCUCUCCUUUCAUGUUCUCGUGUUAAUCGGUCGUUUAAUCUCGAUCUAUGAUAUAUGCAGAUAGGUGAUUGUGCAGGAUUCAGUGCAACGAAAAUUCUCCUAAAACGCCGCCUCGCUUAAGAGGCGAAGCGUUUCCGUUUCCUUUUUUUAAAAUUUCAUUAAAUUUUUUUUUUUUUUAAGUCGAAAAAACGCUACGGUAGUUUCGGUAGGCCGAAUGUACUCGCGUGAAUUUCUUCAGCCCGUGCCAAAACAUAGUUUAUAUUAUAUGAACCUAAAAUUGAUUACGCAUAGACUUGUAUAUAUAUAUAAACUGGUUGGAGAUGAAUGUAGAUUCUCGGAUAAUCUUCAGCGGUGAUUGAAGUACCAAGCAAUACUCAUGUAAACUACAAGAAAUCUCCCACCGGUUUAUAUAUUGUUCGCUAUAUAUCCUCGUCUUUAAUCCUAAGUUUCUUCCAUAAGGUAUCGAAAUUACCAUUCAAUGUCGUUUUUCUUUUCCCUUUUAAACAAAAUGGGUGUUUAAGCAGACAUACGAAAAAAAAAGAGCUCUUGUCUUCCUUCACGUUAAAUGACAUUUGCUUUGCGCAUGGAUCAAUGGUCUUUUCUUUGUUUCCAUUGUUUUUGUUUAGUGAACCGAUGAGAUGUGGGAAGCAAUUUUUUAAAUUCAGUUUUUAUUUUUUCAUUGAAAAGCGGGACUGUUUGGUUUAAUUCUUUUGUUUUUUAAAAAUAGUUUUCCUAUGGUCGCCAGCCUAGUCAGGGUGCACCACACGUGCAAUCUCUUAAAAAAAAUCUGUUCAAUUGUUUUUUCUUUUUUUAUAUUUUUGUUUUUCUGCGUUGAGGCUGGUUGACUUUCAGUUUGACAGGUUU